AUGCAGUACACUCCUGAAUCCAAUGUCUACCAUGAGAGCUGCAAAGGGCAGAAUUGUUAUGAGGACUGCUGUGACAGUGGAUACUCAGGUUUAUUCCACAGUCCACUGAGCAUCAGUGGAGUUGACUCCUCCAGGUCUUUGUCUCCUGUAGAAUUCAAUGAAACGCCUAAAGAGAACCUCAGACUUUCUGUCACACCUAAAAGAAGGACCAGAGAAUCGGUCAGAUUUUUGGACAAAGAAUCCAGGGGUGUGCAGCAGCCAUCAUCAGUUAGCUGGUGUGAAACUCCUAAAGUAUAUAAAAGAGAUGCCUCAUUGCGACACAGACUUUUAAUGUGCAAACACACCACAGAUGUGAAAACUGACAACACAAGAUCACCAUGCACCAGAAGGACUGAAUCCUCCAUUAGUGCGAGUUCUGAACACUGGUUCAGUGCAUCGUUUGACUCUCUAGACACUGUGAUGGGGGCUUUAGCAUCAAGCACUUUAAAACUGGAGCAGUACUUGCCAUUAUCUGGUAGGAAGAGUCGGCUCCUUUUCUCACAGGUGAGGACCUCCACUCUUGAGGAUGGUAAACUCCACUCUGGUCUCCCCUCUAAUUUUGAGAGAAGCGUUUCACUUUCAGAUGCAGAUUUCAGUGGGAGCAUAUCUGCCUUUGAUCAAAUUAAUAUUGAGACUCCACACUCUAGAAAAUUCCUGCCUGUCACAUGGAAGGAAAACUCUCUAUCACCUGUCAGUGGUGUGACAAAUGGCCUAAAUGACAGCCUAAGCAUGUUGUGUACACCAUCAUCCACACAUACACCCAAGUGCAUCAGGUCUGUGUGUGAAGACAGUGGUUUCAGUUCCCUGACUGUCGAGAAAUCCGAAGACUCCUCAGUGGACCAUGAUGGCUCAUUCCAGGAGCUGCUGCUCUCUGCCUCCAGAAGAAACUGUGAAACUCCUAAUCUGGUAGAGGCAAAGCGGCGCUCCCGUUUUCAGCGUCAGCACAGGCUUUCUACACUUAAAGAAGGGGGCUCUCAGUCUGAGGAAGACCCAACAGACAGAAAGGAUCAACAUCUUUAUCAGUGCCACAGCCAAUCUAAAGAUGAUGUUUUUACUGAUUGUGCCACCCCUCGCAGUGGUCUCUCUACUAAAUGUGGUAAUAGCAUGACCUCUGAUGGUUCGGCCUAUGCCAAACAAGACUAUACCACCCCACUGAGAGCCACCAUGGCCAAGCCAGAAAACAUGACGCCAUAUAGCAUAGCUCCUGCUAAUCCAGAUGUAACUCCUCUCACGACAACCCCAGUCAAUCUCUCUCUGACUCCAGCUUUGCAGUUGGUUCAUGCUAUGUGCCAGCAGAAAGCCUACGUGUUUGCUGGCCAAAGUCCUAGCCUGAAGGAGCAGUUGAAGUCCACAGCAGAACUGGCUAAGACCCCGGUGACGUUCAGGACCACCAUGCCAUUGGCAGGACUGAUUGGCAGGAAGAUGGGCCUGGGGAAAAUGGACAUACUCACAGAGCUGAAGAAGAGGAGCCUCAGACACAUCCUGGCUGUCAUACUCAGCCACCUGACCUCUGAGGGUAUCUACAGGUGUGGUCGGGUGUGCAAAAGCUGGAAUGAAAUUAUCCAACACAACAAGCAAGCCAAUUUUAGGAGAAGAAACCACCUGAGUGAAUUGAAGGCUACUCUUGAGCUCGGUGGUGCUGUCCAUGUCCCUGACGCAGAGACUAGACUGACUCUGCUCAAGAGGUCGGCCCUCAAGACGGUUCAGGCCCAGUCCAGGACCUCUAGCUACUGCACCCCGCAGUCAGCAAAUAGCACUUUAAUCCAAUUACAGCACCGUGCUGCACAUUCAGGCGGCAGCAGCAGCAAACGGGAGAAAUUUCUAGAAAUUGCCAAAACGCUCUUCAAUGAUGAGUGCCUCAAGCCUUGCCCUCGAUGUCAGCAUCCUGCAAGGUGUCAUUCGGUGAAAGGGGAAGGUGUGUGCAGCAGAGCUGAUUGUGGUUUCCAGUUUUGCACAUCCUGCUUCUGUGCUUUUCAUGGCUCUAGAGAAUGUGGCAGCCGGUCUGUAGGCCGUCGCAAAAAUGACAUAAUUCUUCCAGGAAGUGCUCAAAGCAAGCGGAACGUGAGGAGGCUAUGA